AUGCGGAACCAGAGCAGAGCUAAUGGCUCACUUCACUACCUUAAGCCCAAGCUGGGACAUUCUCUAAAGCUUAAAUUCAGUGGCAUCUAUCUUGCUCAGUUGUCUUCCUUUGGUCUGUUGAUACUAUCUUUCUCCCUCGAAAAACCAGAACUUCUGGGAGCGGAACCUUCCCCCCAAAACUUGUUGGACUCGAACCAGCACCUCUGCACAAAAGACAGACCAGAUGAACUACCUUUAUUCGACUCGUGGCUUGACCCGGUUCUUGUGCGACCUACAUCUGAGGGGGUCCUUCACUUCAAUAUGGGUGUGAUUUUGACCCCGUUCCAACCUAGCUAA